AUGGAUCUCGGCAAAGUCGCGACGAUCCUCCAGGCUUUGCAAGCCUGCAAGGUGCUGUUCGGCGACGUCAAGCCGAAUCGCUUUGAGGUGACAUCGUUCAAGAUGACGGAAGGAAAGAUCGAGAUGUUCAUCGCAAAGGAGAACGCGACCACCUUUGAAACGUAAGAUUUUUUUGAUGUUUUUAGUAGAGCGAGAGGGCAGUGGGGAUUUUGUUGACACUUACAGGGUAAACCUUGUUUUUGCUGGGGGUUUCGGUGAAAAAAGAUCGAAGAGUAUAAAUCUAAGGUACUUUUUGGGAUUUCAGAAAGGCCAUUUAACUAGGGCUAGCUAAACACGAGAGCCAAGGGUGGUACACAGCUUGGCAAGAUGAAUUUUGGGGUGAGCUAGAUGAAAUUUUCUUGCCUGCGUAAUAUUCUCUUUUUUCGCUUACUCUAAAGAAGAUUUUUUCCAAGCUACGGAUCAACCUAGAAAUCAAACAUAAUUUCUUUUCUAUUUUAUCUGUUUUCAGUACUCCCAUAAAUUACACUGGUCCUGCCAUUAAAGAAAUUCGACUGCAAAUGUCGGUUCAAGGAAACAAGACGUUUGUUGGAGGUGAAGUAACUGAAUCCAGAAAGUCUUAGUAAGUUUACGACUCGGCCCGUUUGGGGAGCGCACUUGUUGCAGUUCAAAUUUUUAUCUGAUUUUUUUUAGUCAAUGCCCGGUCCUCGGAAAUGACACAGAACUUGAGUUGGCUGCGAAGUGUACGGGUGAGACAUGUCCGUACCUGUUUGGAGACGCCGUGUAUUUUAUCUUCGACGAUCAUGAUGUGGCCUCUCGGGUAUAUAAGACCCCAGGUGUUAUAGAUGCUGAAAAAAAGCAGCCCAACAUCAAUUGCGCCCAACGAUUUGGAGUGGAUUACGUGAAGGGUGCAUUUUAUUUCAAGCAAAACGGCACAUGCAUGCACGAGUCCUUUGAUGGCUUCAAAAAUCCUUGGAGUCCAGUGGAAUGCGAUCGUUUCGAAUCAAUUGUUUUGGAGCCGGGGACGCCAACACAAUAUUAUCAUCUGGUAAGUCUGCGGGUAAAUUGGGGACUACUUAUUUGGUUAUUAAUUAUUCUUGGGGACUAAUUAAGCUGCAAUUGGGAUUUGAGAUUUUUUCACUUUUAGGACUAAAGAUGCAAGAUUUUGAGUGUUAUUGAAUUUUUUGAUGUAUGUCUUGACCUGUGACUCCAUACCUUUUUGAGCAUUUUUAUGAUAAAGCUCGGACGCAGGUCGGAAAAUUUUUUGAUUUUCUGGAAAUGGGUUUUAUCGAUUUUUUUGGCGCCGUAAGAUCAUAUACCAUUGUCUUAAUAGUAUGUGAAUGUUUUGUUUGUGUCUAAAAAUUUUGUUUAAGCGAUAUCUGACGAUUGUGGCGGACUGUCAGAUGCCCCGAUUGAUCACCGAGAACAUGAUUGACAACACGUUUGUCCAGUUCACCUACAUUGAUCCGACCAUGACAACAACGUAAGUCUUGUGUUCAGAUCUUUCACUUUUGCAGCUCUUCCACGAAUACGACCACGGCAGCUGAAGUCGACCAAUUGGAACUCCUUGCGGUGGUCGCCGCAUGUGUCGGGGGUGGAACUUUCCUUGGAUUGGUAAUUUCCGGAAUCAUCGGGAUCAUCGUCUGUGUUGUGAGUUUCCUGGAGUUUUUUUUUUUAUUUUUGCACAUUUUCAUUUUUUUUUUGAUUUGAUUUUUGAUUUUUUUUUGUUUCAGAAAUGCAGAGAAAGAUGUAUUUGCUGUUGCAAGAAGAAGGUGGCCCAAAAGAAAGCACCCUCCGCGACCGUCCCAAGACCCCUACAGCCCUACGAUUUGUAUCCCGAGUACAGUAUGGACGAGAAAACGAAGAGCAUCAAAGUCGAGAAGAAGGCGGAAAAGAAGGCGCGCAAGAAGAAGGCGAAGAAGGAAGAAGGAAGGAAGGUGGUGGAGGGAAUCGACAUCAAACAGGUGGACUGUGCCGAGGAUUCGCUUGGGUAAGAUGCAGUUCAAACUUUUCUAAAAUUCAGGCUUCGACUGCAGAUUAGAACUUUGGUGAAACAAUUUGAAAAUUAUUGUUCGAAAAUUCGAUUUUGCCUAAAAAAUGAUUUGCGGUCCCCUUUUUUGAGCACUCGUUUUUCAGAAACGUGGACGAAAACCUGAAAUCCAUGAAUCCGUUGGACCACAUGCCUAUCGACGAUUUGGAAAAUGUCAAGUUGGUCGAUGAUCCCGCGUUUGAAGGGAAGGUCCCCGAGGUCAUUGAAAACAUCAGGACCUACGUGCACUUCAGGAAGCUGGGCCAAGGCGGAUUCGGCGCGGUCUACAAGUACCGGGUGGGCUAUGUUGGCGACGAAUUUGUGGCCAUCAAGUUUGUGAUGGCCUCGGACGUCGACGAGCUCCGCUACGCCAAGAAGGAAUUCAUGGUGGCGCGACAGAUCGAGCGGCUCUUGGGAGAGUGAGUUUGGGCGGGGGAAUUGAUCGGGUUUGCAGUGUGCGAGAAGGCUCUUGCAGAGGGCAAUUUUAAAAAAUUUUUUUGCGAUUUAUAUUACCCUUCCACGUCAAUCCAGCGCAUUUCCUGAACCGUUUCGAAACCUCGUAUCGUUUUCAUUGAUUGAAAAGAGAGACAAAAUGUCGCUAAAUUAUCUCCACUUUUUCUCGCCCGAAAUAAUUGCAUUUUUUCGAAAAGAAAGAAGAAAAUAAGAAAAUUCUUUUUAUCGGAUAGUGACAUUUCGUUUUGAACGAAUCACCAAAAAGGGGCGGGAAAUUUUUUCUUCUAUUUUGGAUUGAGCUGCCUUCCAGCUCAAUGAAAAAGAAUUUACCUUUCCUUGAAGCCACUUUGAAUUCUUUUCAGUGAUGAAAGCUUCAUCGUGCAGAUCUUGGGAAUGGGCCGCAACGUGAGCACCAUGUACAUGAUCAUGCCCUUCUAUUACCGAACCAUGAUGUUCUUUGUGGAUCAGGAUGUGAAUCUUGAGCUGCAGAAAAGAUUGAUUGUCGGCUACCAUUUAUUGCGACUAAUUUUGCAACUCCAGAAGGUGCAGUACGCCCAUUUGGACCUGAAGUUGGAAAAUUACAUGCAGAAGAAUCAAUAUUCGAAUGUGGUAAGGAAUCUUUUUUUUGCUUUUAUUGUUUUUAGUGCAUCCUUUGCGACUUUGGAUUGGCCAGACGUUUCGGUUCGAAGCGCCUAGCCGAAGGCACCCACAACUAUAUGUCAGUGCCGUGCCAUAAACGUCAACCCGUCUCCGCGUUGGACGAUAUGAAGUCGUGGCUGAUCAAGCUCGUCUACAUCUUUCAGAAAAGCGUUCCUUGGCAUCAUGUAGGGAACGCGUCGGUAAGACCAACCUUUGGCCAUCUUUGUUUGUUUUUUUGCAAUUUUUUUUUACGAAUUUUCUACAUGCUUUUGCUUUUAGAAUAACUUUGGGGAGUUGACGGAGAAGGGGUUGCACAACGAUGAAGCCGCCUGGGCGUCCAAGGUACUGAAGAAGAACUGGUUCUUUGCGGAAAAGGAGCGUGAAUGUCGAGUGUAUGAUUUUUUUAAAUAAAUCAAUAUUAUUUAUCGUUUUUUAAAAUUAUUUUUUUAGGAAGAAUAUUUUCUCCCGGAAAGAAAAUAUGUUUUUCUCUUGGGUAUUUAUGGGAAUUUUCAGAAUAUUGUUGUGUUCAACAAAGGCAAAAACAAAGUGGAAUUUGGUCAUAAGAAAUCAGUGAAUGUUUGACAUUUUGUCCCAAUUUGUUUCUUGCCGUUCAAGACUUGGUUUUCAGGUAUAAAACUAGGUGGCCAGUUGCCGGAACCGGCUUAUAAAGUGACGCAGAAAUUAGGCCAACAUCUGUAUUUUGGCCAUAACUUUGUCCUAACGAAAAUUGGGCAGCUAAUUUUUUUGUGAUGUACACUGUUUUCAAUGCUCUUUCAAAUGAUAUAGGUUUAGUUAAGAAACCAAACGACAAGCAUUUGCCGAUCCCUUGGAAAUGAAGACGACUUGGAUUUGCCCAAAAAGGGAAUUUUUACCGAGGGAAAGCUGUCCCAUUCUAUUCAUGUCUAGAUUUCCAGUUUUCUAUACGAAUAAUCAACCAAAUUUUGGAAUUUCGUGAUGGUUGUUGCACCAUGGAUAAUGUAAGUCGAUUUUUUUUGUGCAAACUCCCCAAAAAUGGACAGGUAUAAAUUUCGGGCUGGGCACUAGGUUAAUUUUGUUAUGUAAACAGGGCUAAUUUUUUAGAAUUGGAGCUUGGCGAGGGACCAAAUACGUGGACCAAGUACAAUAUAAAAUUUUUGCAAAGCUCUCUUUUUCUGGGUCGGAACUGAGAUUAGAUCGAAGCUAACAGCCUGUUAUACAAUUAGCUAUAACUAGGUUCCAAGAUUUCCGGCCGAAGCAAUAAGAAAUUACCAAUUACAUUAUCCACGUUUCAACAAAGUCGCCUCACAAGAAUUUUUGAUGCGUUAUUCAAACAGAAACCGGGCAAUCUAGAUAUCAAAUCGAAUAGGACAGCCUGCUUUUGGUAAAAAUUCCCUUUUUUGGACAAAUUCCUGCUGAUACGAGCUGUUUCCACUUUGAAGAGUGGAUCGACUCCCUCCAGAAAAAAGUGAACCAGGCCACUUUCAAAAUAUCCAAAAAAAUAUUCUUACUUCUCCACUCUUAUUUAUUCGACCUUUUUCUAUCUAUUUUAGUCCUUUUACCCAAUAAAAAGUCGAAGAAAUUUUUCGUAUAGACUGUCACCCACAGACGGCAGUUUGAAAGUCCGCGCACUGCGCCCAAAUUUUUGGCCAAAGAGGAAAGAAUGUUGGAAUUUCUGUGAGAACGGCCGAUUUUUCGAAGGUUUUCAUUCGAAAAUCAACCGCUUUUCGAAAAAAUCAAAGAUCAAUUUCUCAAAAAUCUAUUUUCCCACAAAGUUUUUUCAGAAUUUGCAUGAAAAUUUCGUUCGUGGAAAAUGUUUUCUUUCGUCGUGUUGUGGCCACUCGGUCAGUUUCUUCAAAUUUUCUCCUGCCGAACGGUUGAAGCUGACCUACUCUGAACGGUCGAAGCGUACCUACUCUGCAGGGCCAUGGAUCUCGGCAAAGUCGCGACGAUCCUCCAGGCUUUGCAAGCCUGCAAGGUGCUGUUCGGCGACGUCAAGCCGAAUCGCUUUGAGGUGACAUCGUUCAAGAUGACGGAAGGAAAGAUCGAGAUGUUCAUCGCAAAGGAGAACGCGACCACCUUUGAAACGUAAGAUUUGUUUAUUAUUUUUAAUAGAGUGAGAGGGCAGUGGGGAUUUUGUUGAUACUUACAGGGUAACCCUUGUUUUUGCUGGGGUUUUCGGUGAAAAAAGAUCGAAAAGCAUAAAUCUAACAAGGGAAGUCACUUAAGUCACGGAUCGAUUUUUAAAAACGACUGUUACAGCGACGGGGAGGGUAGGACGCAGAUAUCAAAUCUGAAAACCGCUACCUCCACCGGCCUCUGGGAGCCGAGAUAAUCGACCAAAAAAGUAUUACCAAAAAAAGUUGCUCCGAAAAGCCCUUCUUUUCGAAACGAAGGAGCGAAGAGAACCGAAUGUCCGGUGGUCUGGAAGCGCGCUUCCGGAAAUUGACCUUUUCAAGUUUCGCAUGGGUCAAAUAAUUUAUUAAACUUUUCCUGUAAUCCAGUAAAUUUACCGGUAAGAUAAAAUUUUUGAUUUUUUGCAUCUUUUACGAUAAAAUUUCAGAGUAAUAAUUUUAAAGUUCCAAACGAUUCGAAUUUUCAAGGUUGAAAAUUUACCGUAAAAUAGGCAUAAAAUAUAAAAGUAAAUUGCUAGCAAAUUUACUGGAUCGCAGCAACUGUUUUAUAAAUUUUUCACGAGUUCGAGACCCGCGCGGAUUCGAACCUGAAAAGGUGAAGGCCCGGAAACGCGCUUCCAGACCACCGGACCGGACCAUUCGGUUCGCUGGAUUUUCUUCUUUCGGAAAGAAGAAAUGUUCGGAGGAAUUUAGUCAAACUUUUUGGUCGAUUAUCUCGGCUCCCAGAGGCCGGUGGACGUAGCGGUUUUCAGAUUUGAUAUCUCCGUCCUACCCUCCCCGUCGCUGUAACAGUCGUUUUACAAAAUCGAUCCUGAUUUAAGUGACUUCCCUUGUAAGGUACUUUUUGGGAUUUCAGAAAGGCUAUUUAACUAGGGCUAGCUAAUAACGAGAGCCAAGACUGGGACACAGCUUGGCAAGAUGAAUUUUGGAGUGAGCCAAAUGGAAUUUUCUUGCCUGCGUAAUCUCCCCUUUUUUCGUCUACUCCAAAGAAGAUUUUUUCCAAGCUACGGGUCAACCUAGGAUUCUAACAUAAUUUCUUUUCUAAUUUAUCUGUUUACAGUACUCCCAUCAAUUACACUGGUCCUCCUUUUAAAGAAAUUCGACUGCAAAUGUCGAUUCAAGGAAACAAGACAAUUGUUGGGGGUCAAGUGACUGAAGCAGGCAAUGAUAACAAACCUUAGUAAGUUUACGGCUUGGCCCGUUUGCGGAGUGCACUUGUUGCAGUUCCAAUUUUUAUCUGGAUUUUUUUAGUCAAUGCCCGGUCCUUGGAGAUGACAAACAACUUGAGUUGGUUGAGCCGUGUACGGCUGAGACAUGUCCGUAUCUGUUUGGAGACGCCGUGUAUUUUAUCUUCAACAAUCAUAGAACGGCCUCUCGAAUAUAUAAGACCCGAGAUGUCAUAGACUUCAAACUAGAGCAGCCCAACAUCACUUGCGCCCAACCAUUUGGAGUGGAUGACGUGAAGGGUGCAUUUUAUUUCAAGAAAAACGGCACAUGCAUGCACGAGUUCUUUGAUGGCUUCAAAAAUCCUUGGAGUCCAGUGGAAUGCGAUCGUUUCGAAUCAAUUAUUUUGGAGCCGGGGACGCCAACACAAUAUUAUCAUCUGGUAAGUCUGCGGGUAAAUUGGGGACUACUUAUUUGGUUAUUAAUUAUUCUUGGGGACUAAUUAAGCUGCAAUUGGGAUUUGAGAUUUUUUCACUUUUAGGACUAAAGAUGCAAGAUUUUGAGUGUUAUUGAAUUUUUUGAUGUAUGUCUUGACCUGUGACUCCAUACCUUUUUGAGCAUUUUUAUGAUAAAGCUCGGACGCAGGUCGGAAAAUUUUUUGAUUUUCUGGAAAUGGGUUUUAUCGAUUUUUUUGGCGCCGUAAGAUCAUAUACCAUUGUCUUAAUAGUAUGUGAAUGUUUUGUUUGUGUCUAAAAUUUUUGUUUAAGCGAUAUCUGACCAUUGUGGCGGACUGUCAGAUGCCCCGAUUGAUCACCGAGAACAUGAUUGACAACACGUUUGUCCAGUUCACCUACAUUGAUCCGACCAUGACAACAACGUAAGUCUUGUGUUCAGAUCUUUCACUUUUGCAGCUCUUCCACGAAUACGACCACGGCAGCUGAAGUCGACCAAUUGGAACUUCUUGCGGUGGUCGCCGCAUGUGUCGGGGGUGGAACUUUGUUAAUUUCCGGAAUCAUCGGGAUCAUCGUGUGUGUUGUGAGUUUCCUGGAGUUUUUUUUUAUUUUUCCACAUUUUCAUUUUUUUUUGAUUUGAUUUUUGAUUUUUUUUUGUUUCAGAAAUGCAGAGAAAGAUGUAUUUGCUGUUGCAAGAAGAAGGUGGCCCAAAAGAAAGCACCCUCCGCGACCGUCCCAAGACCCCUACAGCCCUACGAUUUGUAUCCCGAGUACAGUAUGGACGAGAAAACGAAGAGCAUCAAAGUCGAGAAGAAGGAGGAAAAGAAGGCGCGCAAGAAGAAGGCGAAGAAGCAAGAAGGAAGGAAGGUGGUGGAGGGAAUCGACAUCAAACAGGUGGACUGUGCUGAGGAUUCGCUUGGGUAAGACUUCUGCAGUUCAUUUUUCUAAAAUUCAGGCUUCGACUGCAGAUUAGAACUUUGGUAAAACAAUUUGAAAAUUAUUGUUCGAAAAUUCGAUUUUGCCUAAAAAAUGAUUUGCGGUCCCCUUUUUUGAGCACUCGUUUUUCAGAAACGUGGACGAAAACCUGAAAUCCAUGAAUCCGUUGGACCACAUGCCUAUCGACGAUUUGGAAAAUGUCAAGUUGGUCGAUGAUCCCGCGUUUGAAGGGAAGGUCCCCGAGGUCAUUGAAAACAUCAGGACCUACGUGCACUUCAGGAAGCUGGGCCAAGGCGGAUUCGGCGCGGUCUACAAGUACCGGGUGGGCUAUAUUGGCGACGAAUUUGUGGCCGUCAAGUUUGUGAUGGCCUCGGACGUCGACGAGCUCCGCUACGCCAAGAAGGAAUUCAUGGUGGCGCGACAGAUCGAGCGGCUCUUGGGAGAGUGAGUUUGGGCGGGGGAAUUGAUCGGGUUUGCAGUGUGCGAGAAGGCUCUUGCAGAGGGCAAUUUUAAAAAAUUUUUUUGCGAUUUAUAUUACCCUUCCACGUCAAUCCAGCGCAUUUCCUGAACCGUUUCGAAACUUCGUAUCGUUUUCAUUGAUUGAAAAGAGGGGCGAAAUGUCGCUAAAUUAUCGCCACUUUUUCUCGCCCGAAAUAAUUGCAUUUUUUCGAAAAGAAAGAAGAAAAUAAGAUAAUUCUUUUUAUCGGAUAGUGACAUUUCGUUUUGAACGAAUCACCAAAAAGGGGCGGGAAAUUUUUUCUUCUAUUUUGGAUUGAGCUGCCUUCCAGCUCAAUGAAAAAGAAUUUACCUUUCCUUGAAGCCAUUUUGAAUUCUUUUCAGUGAUGAAAGCUUCAUCGUGCAGAUCUUGGGAGUGGGCCGCAACGUGAGCACCAUGUACAUGAUCAUGCCCUUCUAUUACCGAACCAUGAUGUUCCUUGUGGAUCAGGAUGUGAAUCUUGAGCUGCAGAAAAAAUUGAUUGUCGGCUACCAUUUAUUGCGACCAAUUUUGCAACUCCAGAAGGUGCAGUACGCUCAUUUGGACCUGAAGUUGGAAAAUUACAUGCAGAAGAAUCAAUAUUCGAAUGUGGUACGGACUCUUUUUUUUGCUUUUAUCGUUUUUAGUGCAUCCUUUGCGACUUUGGAGUGGCCAGACGUUUCGGUUCGAAGCGCCUAGCCGAAGGCACCCACAACUAUAUGUCAGUGCCGUGCCAUAAACGUCAACCCGUCUCCGCGUUGGACGAUAUGCAGUCGUGGCUGAUCACGCUCGUCUACAUCUUUCAGAAAGGCGUUCCUUGGCAACAUGUAGGGAACGCGUCGGUAAGACCAACCUUUGGCCAUCUUUCUUUGUUUUUGCAAAUUUUUUUUACGAAUUUUCUACAUGCUUUUGCUUUUAGAAUAACUUUGGGGAGUUGACGGAGAAGGGGUUGCACAACGAUGAAGCCGCCUGGGCGUCCAAGUUACAGCAGAAGAACUGGUUCUUUGCGGAUGUACCGCGGGAUUCUGUCCAGAAUGCGAUUAUCCAUGAUUUGGGCCAAUUGAUUUGGUUCAAGGACAGCAAAAACAUCAAUAUGAAGGAGGUGCUGGCCUAUAUGGACCAGGUGAGUAGAUGCAAAAAAGUGGAAGUUUGCAUAUUCCAACGUUUGAAUAUGCAAUUUUUUGUUUGUACAAAAUUUGUUUUUUUUUUACUCUCCGAAUUUUCAGCUCCAAGCGAGGCUCAAUUUCAAGUACACGGAUUAUUGGUUCGACUCGAGGGUCACGUACAAAGAUGUCAGCUUACGGCAGAUGGACGACGCCACGCAGAGGUCUUCCCGGAAAUCUAAACGGGCUAAAUGAAACAGGGGAUUUCUUUAAAAAAAUAUUUGACAGUACAGUUUUUCUAAGAAUAAACUUUUACAAGAUUUACUGCAGUUUAAAACCGAUUUUUGCCGUAAAAAACCGGUUUAAGUGUAAACUUUAGUGAAAAGCCUCUAAACCUCGUCAAGGUAUUUACACUGAUAGAGGAUUUUAGCCCUAAGGGCAAGGAAUUUCAACCUUUUUACAGGAUGCAACUCAAAAAAGGGCAAUUGAAACUAACAAACACUUACGUCGUCUUCAUCGCUGCUGCUGUCCUCAUACAAUUGACUGGAUUGGCUUUGUUGACUUAG